UCUUUGUUCAUUAAUAAAACUUCAAUCAUCAUUUAAAAUCGAUGAACAUUCGACAAUAAUAUCAUUUUAUUUAAAAAAUCAUUCAACUCAAAUCGAACGAAUUAAUCAAUUAAUUAAUAUUGAUAAAAUAUUUUUUAUUGAUAAAAAUGUUCAACGAAUUGCUUUACAUUCUAAACAAUAUCGAAAAUUUAUCGAUGAAUUAAUUCAAGAUGACAAAUCUAUUACUGUAGAUAAAUUAUCAAAUGAACAAAGUAAAUUUUUAGUAACAUUAAAUAGUAAAACAAAAAAUUUGAAAUGGCCCGGAUUAAAUAUGGAUUUAUUGAGUUCUUCUUCUUCAUAUUUAUUAACUGAACAACAACAAGAACAUAUUACAAAUAUUAUUUUAAAUGAUUAUCUUCAAGAUAAUAAUAUAUCGAAUUUGGAUAAAUUAAAAUGUUUACGUGUUCUUCGUCGUUUCUCUUGUACAUAUAAUAAAACUCUUGAAUGGAUUCAAAACAAACAAACAUCUCAAUUAUUGAUAAAGAAUUCAAAUAAGACGCCUAGUUGGAAAACUCGUGGUGCUACUGUUGCACCUAUUGAUGAUAUUAUUCUAUGUUUACCAGCUACAUUUAAUUUAAAUCAAGAAUAUUUAUUAAAACAUUUUGAUUUAUUAAAAACAAAUUUAAAUACAUCAAAUGCAAGAUUUAUUAGUGAUGCUAUAUUAAAUAUUUCACGUAAAAUACCGGAUGAAAUAUUCUUAAAAUCUUAUAUUGAAUUUAUUCAUAAUGAACAAUUUCAAAAACUUGGUAUAACAGCAAAUAAACAAAUUCUUCGUUUAUUAAUUGAAUAUGUAUCGGAUUCAAGUUUAAUUAAAACUCUUAUUAAACCAUUAUGGAAUAGUAAUCCACAUCAAGAUGUUCGUGCAUGUCUUAUAUUAACAUUACUUCAUUUUUUUGGUAAAUUGAAUUCAAAUGAUGAUGAAAAUAUUAUUUGGCAAAUUUUUGAACAAGCUGCAAAUGAUGAUUAUUUGCCAGUUGUACAAUCAUUAUUUGCUGCACAUCGAGGAAAGUCUCGUUGGCCAUUAUCUCAAUUAAAGAAUUCAUCUAGUGAUUUAUUUGAAAUAUUUGUUAAUCAAAUACAAUUUAAAAUAUUAGAUCAUCCAAAUUCAUUAGAAGCACGUUCAUGGGCAUGGUCAAAUAUUGAUUAUGAAUAUUUAAAUACAAAUAAAUUAAUUGAAAAAGCUCAACAAUUAUGUAUUAAAUUUGAUUUAAAUGCAAAUAUGUUAUGGGAAAAAGCUUUUGAAAAAAUAAUUUUAUUAUAUCAAAAAGAAAAAAUGUAA